AUGAAGGAGACGAUCAUGCUUCUUAUAGCUAACAUGGCGGCCUCCGAUAUCUUGAUAGCAAUAUUUCUACCUACACGCAUGCUUGCAGCCGAAGUUGCAGAUUCUCCGGCUUGGCAAGUAUCGGGAUUAGGAGGACGGAUUUUGUGUAAGAUAUGUCCGUUCUUAAGUGACAUAUCGAUUUCAGUGUCAUCUCACAGCUUGGUGAUAAUUGCAGUCGACCGUUUUCUUGCCAUCUUGCACCCGUUAAAAGCACGCCUCAUCACUGUGAGAACACGCCGCCUUGUCAUUGCAUCCACUUGGAUUGUGGCCAUGGCUAGUUACACACCAUAUUUAUUCGCCUUUGAUCUUGAUCAUAAAAAAAGGUGUCUAAUGACAUGGGAUAUCGACAACAAAUCGGCCUUUCUUCGCUACACCAUUUUUUUAGCCGUCACAGUCAUAUAUCUACCUGUUAUUGCAUUGGUGAUUAUUUACCCUAUUACUGUGUUUUACCUAAGAAGAGACAUAAUGGCCGAACACCGAAACGGCCGCGGGAAAAAACGCUUUCGUCAAAGUAGCAUGAAAUUAUUUAGGCUAGCCACGGCAACAGUAAUGUCAUUCAUAAUAUUCUGUCUGCCGUUUUCAACGAUAUCUUUGCUCAAAGUUUUUGUUCCAGAAAAGCUUCCUCAGUGCAAUUAUCUUUUUAAGGCAAUAUACCAAGUCUCUCAUGUGUUGAUGAUAUCAUACAGCGCGGUGAAUCCCUUCAUUUGUUGCAUAUUCCUGGGAAAUUUUCGAAACGAGUUAAGAAACAUUUGUAAAAGAAGAAAACGUAAUGCUUAUCUCGCGACUAACAGUAGGAAUAGAACAAGAAGCGGGGGGUCGAGUAGCGGUACUAUGUAUAGCCUGAGUAUCAGGCUUUCCUAAGGGGCUAGGGGAGAGGAGAUUUUAGAUGCGCCUUCUUAGUGAGCUCUCUCCCUUUUUUGCUUCCAUCUUUCCCCUUUUCCCCAGAAACGCCUGAUACUCAGGCUAUACUAUGUAUUGUCCAAAUGACCCCUUCAAAUGAGUUGUCAUACGCAAAUGUCGUCACAUUCAGCGCAGACGUUUUGACUUCCGCUUCCCCUACGUAAUCAGUGAGGAUCGGCAGGUGUUGCUACUCACACAGUUGUAAGGAGAGAUUUUCUAUGUAUUCUUUAUUUGCCUCAAAUUCCAUAUCUAGUUUUCAAUAUUCCCUUUGAGGUUGUUUUAGCCGUAUUUGACAUUGAAUUUGCAUUGAUAUGUUUUAGUUCCCUUAAAUUAUACACAAUUUAUUUCGAUGUUUACUUUUAAAAGGAUUACUAGUUACUAAAUAAUUAUAUACCUUGGUCACUGAAUAACUGGAUCUUUCGCUCGUUCAAAUAUCAAUCGUGUUAGUUUUUAGUUUUGACAUUUUAAGGAAUCCUGAGCAAAGGAAACUUGAAUUCUUUUGCACUGCUUUACUGCUGAAUCUUUGUAGUUUCCGAAAUUCAUUUCCCUGACUGAAAUUUAAUUUUGAGUCAUUUAGUUUCACAUAUCAACUUUAAAGCUGAAUUUAUCCAGAUUUGUUUUCGGUGUUCAGCUGAUUUUAUUCAGCAUUCUUUCCAUUUGUUUUGUGAUGUUGUAAUAAUGUUAGUAUAAAUAGAGCACUGUUAUCUCAUUUUUCGAUUUACAUUGUGAAUUUACGUGCUUUUAUGAGGGUCUCAAUGGGGUGGUGGCUUUUACGGUUAUCGGCUAAAAUUUUGGCUCUUUUACGGCUAUCGGUUAAUUUUUUUCAGUUACGGUUCACUAUAAAGUUAAAAAUUAAUUUAUUUGUUUCAAAGAGUUAACUAAUAAUAAACCUGUAUUUUUUUGUAUCUUUAAAGCAAAAUAAAUAGGAUGAAAAGUUAUUCUUCUGAAAAUUUUUAAUAUUUCAUAAAUCAUGCUUUUAGAGUAUUCCACUUCUAUUAUCAUUUUACGCAUAGAAAUGUUAACUAUGAAAACGUUUGUCAUCUUUUGCAUCUUGGCGUGAUUUCCUAGCUUUUCUUCAGGGGCUACUGAUUCGUUCUUCGCGUCGCUUUGUAUUUGAUACCCUCUUCUCUUUUUACUACCACGAUAGGGUCUUUACCCCACGGAAGAACAGAUUGUACAACAUGAACUAAAAAAGAAUAACCAUACAGAUUGACACUCGAACAUUUCUGUGACUCUCACAUUUACAAGUGUCGGAGCCAAGCUGAGAAGUACGCGGCUUUGAAGAUCUUUGCCGCAGUUUUCUCAUUCUCUUAAAAUGACAUGAACUCUUUGCUUAAAAUAGAAACAAAAGGUUAAGCUAUUGCCAGUCACCUAGACUUUUUUGUGAGCCAUGAAAAGGACCAUUCCUAAUAAAAGACAUAACAGUUUAUUUGAAUAGAAUCUUCGUGAAAAGCACAACUAGCAGAAACGGGAACGUAAAGAGUCAAAGUAGCCGCGAAAUAAGAAACACGACCGUUCUAAGUGAGUUUAGCACGUUCCUCAAAAUUAUUAAAUCUAAGGAGCAAAAUUUUUUUACGGUUAACUCUUUUUACCCUAUUUACGGCUAACGGUUAAAACAUUUCAAUAUUUACGGCUAUCGACUAAAUUUUGGGCCAUUUUACGCCUAGCGGUUAACCCCAUAUUGAGACCCUCUUUUAUGAUUUACAUUUUGGAUGCUCAUGCCUGUACGAUUUACGUCCACGAGCUGAAGAUUAAACUGUUGAAGUUCGAGUUCGAGUGCUGUCCUGUUUCCCAGUUGUAGCAGAUCCUAGUACCGUGGAACAGUGACGAGUUCCUUUCCCGCUAGCCAAGCGAGUUGCAGAGUUAGUUUUCCCCCUUGUUGUUCACACGCCGAAGUCGCUCGAAUUCCCUUUACACUUAUUUUUCCCGAUUUGUGCUUGGAAGGGCAAAACCUAUCGUCACACAGUGACUUGUUUAGGUUUAGCCAUUGGGAUCAAGUGUUAUUUUUCCUUUGCCUUCAGGAUUGAGAAUUUGAUUGACUGAUUGGUUGUUUAGUUGGUGUUAUAUUCUUUUUCUUUUUUCUUGGCAUCUUUGAUGCUCUCUUCUUGUACUUUAUGUUGAUUAAUGAAAAUAAAAUGUAGGUUCUUUGGUUGUCAACUCUGAAAAAGUUGUCAGUUUAUAAACAGACGAGUUCUUACUAAAUUGUCAAGCGUCGCACGUUCUUCAACCCUGGGUAUUUGCGUUUGUCAUAUUGGGUUAUAUCUACUGCGGUAUUGUUUUGAAAUUCUGGAUUAGCCUUCAUCGACCUACAUAUAAAUUUUGUAAGUUCAGGAUUGAAACCGUGUCGCCUGCAUACUAAUAUUUGACGGUUUAAGGCGCAUUUAGGAAGUCUUAUUCGAGAAUACCUGAAAGCGUCUUAAGUAGAUUGAGACGGAUUGUAAUUGUAAUUUUUAGCCUAACAGUUUUUCAAUUAAAGUUCAAGUGAGGGGAUCAUCAUGAUUUCCAACGGGGCAUGUGCUACAACUAUCGAGUGAAGACUUGGCAACACCGGCUGUGUUAAUUGAGCAAUAUCCUAAACUCAUCUCAUACAGGCACGACGAAAACGUAGCACUCUGUUAUUUUACAGAAACAUCAAGUGAAUCAAUUUUCCUUUUACUGCAGAACGCAGCCCACUUUUUCAAAUAGACACCAUACUGUUUUAUAUUGAAUUUUGUCCAAGACUGCAACAUUAUUUCUCUACCUCAUUGUGGAACUACUUCUGUUAAAAUGUCUCAAGGCUCUGUCGGAUACAAAACAUAUGGCCACAGCUGUAUUUUCUUCUACACGGGGUAGCUCGCAUGGGAAUGGGGAUGAAACAGCUUGACACAGCUUUACCUCCAACUUCUUUUUCUUGAACUUUUUCACUUUUUAUUCUAGUUCUUUAUGGAGAACUGAUAGCAUCGUCUUUUCUACAUUAAAUAAGUCCCCUCUCAAAUAAGCCUUCCGUCUCUAUUAGCGACCCCGCCCUCCACUUCAAAUGGUUUUGAAAUAAAGAAGCCUCCCGGAGGCUUAAUAGACUAUUUUCGGUAAGUUAUUUGUACAGGUACUAAAGCUGUCAUCGUGCCUUGGGUUCCUUACUCUUCUCUCUCCCUUUAACUUCCUUUUCUCUGAUACGGACUUAGGGAGGCGAAGGGCGUUUGCAUGGAAAAGGACGCUGGGUGUAGCCAUGUCGAUAACCUGAAUACGUGGGCCACAACCUCUGGAUCUUUGCAAACUAUUGUUCUUGAAGUAACGCUGUCUUUUGCAACACGACCUUUCGAGCAACUUUAUUGGUUUUCUCUAUGUACGGCUCCAAGCAAACGUCCGAAGGUAUCGCCACCAAAGACAAAACUGUUUGAUAGGCUUUUAUGCAGACCGGCGAGUGACAUAUAGUCCUCAUUCAACGGCCAGGUUUGAUUCACUCUUUGUUCGGCUCAUUUUUUUUUUCAACUACAGCCAUGCUUUAGCCAGUAUAUCACCAAAGUAGUUCUGAAGGUUAUCUAAGUUAUUACCUGAUGACCAGGUCAGGUCUGGAAACCUUUCUUUUCGAUUUAAGGCUGCUUUGUCGAUCAUUUUUGCCAGAACUAUGACUGACUUGACAACACAUGUCUGGGCAAACUGAGUCCUAGCGUAAGAGGAUUUGGUCUGCGGCCUUGAUCUCUACCAACCAAGCUCAUCUACCCUAGUUGUGUCUAAAGAACUACAAUUAACAGGUCGAGUUGUUUGUGGCAACAUUUAACAUCAACUGUUCAAUAUCAUUCGUGACAACUGCUUUUCAGUAUCUAGGUCCACUUUCUCCUACCCAAACCUACAACAAUCCUGGACAAAACGUUUGGGACACUUAGUCACUUACACAUGAUGUGUGCAUUCUCCAAUAAUCCCCCUCCCCCCUGGACGUGUUGGGUGUUACUGGCCAAACACUUUUGAAAAAUCUUGUAAGUGUAUGAACUUCAACUUUGUUCAGGGGGGGGGGGGGAGGGGGAAACCCAGGCAUAGCCAUAUUGACAACUGUAGAUUGACGGUCACUCACCAAUUUCCUACCAAAAAGGGGAGGGGGUAAGAGCAGUGUCCCAAACCCUUUUGGCCAGGAUUGUAGCCUGUACACAGACAUUGUUUUAUUUUUGUUUUCGUUCUUUUCAAAAACAUCGGCGAGCUCGCCAGCAAAGCAAGCGCGCGAGAACUUCCCCCACCACUACCCCCUUGCGCUGGCGGUCAAUAAAUCCCCUCCGGUUUAAAUUUUAUCUCUCGCGCUCGACGGACUUUGAAGAGAAAAUAGAGGGUCUGUGAACAGGCUAACCCAAACCCUAACACAUUGCCAUAGAGUAAAGUUUAGAUUGACUUGCAUCUUAAUAUAUUCGUCCCCAAAUUUAGUUCGGUAUAUAAGAUUAUUACAAAUUAAAAUGUUUUUCAAAAUCAAGGAGGAAGCGUUCACAGUAUUAAGUAAUUUUGAAAUGCAAAUAGAAACGUACGUAUAUAUUUAAUAUUUGUCACGCCACACUUUAUGAAGAAAGCUCAAGGUUCAGACUGUACUUGAUGCACCAGCCUCAUUGCCGCACGGAACUUCCAUACAGUGGGUGGGCGAGUGGUUUGCCAUUCUUUGAAGCAAUAGGGUGGUAGUAUAGUAGGUGGUGGUUCAUUAUGCAGGCUCGCGCGCACGAAGAUGUACUUAUAAAACCAAUAUUCAGGGGGCACCCAACGAGAAUAUAGUUCAAACCACUUAAACAUAGCAUUGUAAAACGUAUUUUAGUAUUUAAACGGUAGAUAUAGGCAUAUUUUUAUCCCCUAAAAAUUUUUCAUCUGUUCUGAUUUCCUAGCUGAAAGUCUAGUGAUCCAAAAAUUAUAGGGAUCAAAACUUACCUUUUCGAAAAUUUCAGCCAGAAAAAAGGCUCCCGAAAAUUCUAGGUGACUUUUUCAGGGUAAAAAACCGUUAAAAAUAGGCAAUUUUACCAUUUUUUAGAUGUUCGAAAAUCCUAGGAGAGGCAGGCAAGCAAGGCAUUUUACAACAAAUGUUCCGAAAAUUCUAGAUCUCAAAUCGUCUUCCGAACAGAUAUUUUCCGAAAAUUGUCGUUGGGUGCGCCCCAAUAUUGAGAGCCGGUUCUGGAGUGUCAUACGAAGUGAAUGCGUUAUACCUCAGCAACAUCGAAAACAGUGGUAAGCUCAUUCUAGUAUCACUGUGUUUACAACGAUGAAUAACCAAAACAUUUCUUUUUUUAAGAAAGAACGUCGAAUGGAAAAAAUAGAAGAGUGUUCUGAUUCAUAGGCCUGAACAGGUGGGGAAAAGAUCAUUAAAGGAUGCAUUGGAGCCAGCACAGAUCCCUUAGUUAGCUCUUGUCGAUCCAUGUAGCCGUGCGUAUUUUAGAAAACUCAAACGUCUGGAAGAUGCUUUAAUUUCUCAAUAAUUCGGACGUGAAAUGUGAGAUAGUUUAUAGAUGUAGACGCUACAUUCAUACGCAUCACAGAAUUUUUUUCCCCUGAAUAAACAACUUUAACUUAAGUCAAUCAAUCGGAUGAAGUAUUUUUGUACUAGGUCAUUCAAGCUGUCCGAACGGCUGAAGAUUUUUAAUAAUAAAAAUAAUAAUAAUAUUAAUAAUAAUAAUAAUAAUGAUAAUAAUAAUAAUAAUGAUAAUAAUGAUAAUGAUAAUAAUAAUAAUGGUUUAUUAACAGAUCCACUGGGUGGCUCUUCCCUGUUAAAUUACAUCAACUACAAUAAUUACAAAAUGAAUCAAAUCAAGUUAUUUACAAAUUAUGCAAUGUACAUUUUAAAAGUAGAUGCAGGAUUACAGUAAAACUAACUAAUUACUCUGUUGCUUAAAAAAUUCCUUGAAAGUCUUGAGAAUGUUCUGUAAUCUUGACAGUUUCUAAUUGUCUCUGGUAGAUUGUUAAAUAGCUUCGACGCAUUAUCUUGGAAAGUGCCGUUUUCGGUCGGGACCACUAAUCUAAUACAAUUGCUUGAGCGCAGUUCCUUGCGACAUUCCUGUUUUGCUAUUUUAAGAUAAUCUGGCCAAGUCUCAGUGUUAUGCAAAGCUUUAAAGCAUGAUUUCAGGAGAUUCAAAUCUCUUCUCUCAUUGAUUGGAAACCAACCGAUUUUAAGUACAUCCCGAAAGUUCUUAACAUAGUGACCGAGCACAAAACUUGCGGCAGCAAAUUGAACCCGUUGCAAACGGCGAAGUAAGAAUUGUGGUAGAGCAGGGUAAAAAACCAGAUCGGCAUAAUUUAGUUUUGACAAAAUCAAUGUUUCUGCGAGUUGCUUUCUCAGCUCAUAUUUGGCGAGAUAUUUCAGUUUUCUUAGUAUUGAUAGAGUGGCGUAGCAUCCUGAUACCGUGUGCUUGAUGUGAUCGUCCCACUUAAGAUGUUCAUUGAUGUGGACUCCAAGGUGUUGGCAAUAUUUUAAAAUAUUUUGAAACCGAAUGAAUUAAUCAACAGCGGAACAGCUGAUCAACGGUUGCUUUUGCGUGAGAGUUUAAAGGUACUUUUGAUACCCUCUCUGUUGGCCGGAAUUACUUCUCUAAAAGAUAUGUUAUGCUAAGCAGCGAGCGAUAAGUU